UGAUCCUGGUGUCAGCUGAGGAGACAUGGCCUCGGUGGGUCCCUCCACGGCCUCCACACAGACCGCCCUGCCCUCCGGACCCGCCGUCUUCAAAACCAUCCCCUACGCCUUCAUCCUGCCCGAGAUCCUCUGCGGGACCUGGGUGUGGAUCCUCGUCGCCGCUACCUCCGUGUCCCUCCCGCUGCUGCAGGGAUGGGUGAUGUACGUGUCCCUCACCUCCUGCCUCAUCUCCCUGCUGCUCCUCCUCAGCUACCUCCUGGGCUUCCACAGGAACAGCGAGAACUGGAAAGUGCUGGACAGUUUGUACCACGGUGCCACGGCCAUCCUGUACAUGAGCGCCGCUGUCCUGCAGGCCAACGCCACCAUCAACUCUGAGUUCAGCCCCAACUCACCUCUCUACUACCAACUCAACAGUGCUGCCUCGUUCUUCGCCUUCCUCACAGCCUUCCUGUACAUCCUCCAUGCCUUCAGCAUCUACUACCAGUGAUCCCAGUGCUCCCAGCAGCUUCUCCUCUGCAGGACGAGGGCUUUCCCAGCGAGGGACCCCGCUGUGCUCCCCGAGAUGUCCCUGCCCGGCCAUGAGGACGGAGGGUCCUUUUUCACUUCACCAGAGGAGGAAUUUUUGUUGGCACACGGUGGUGCCCGUGGGGACAUUCCCUGCCUUGCCCCGGGCUGAGCAAGGGGAGGGACUGGGCGCAGGCUCCAAGCCUCCAGCUCCGACAUUCUGCCAAAUGUUGAUGACCAAGGGAAGGGGAAAAAAAAAAGAGAACCACUGUUCCUUCAGCAAACAAUUUCCUUUCUUAUGUUAUUUGCCUUUCUCUGGUUCAGCUACAUUCCUCCCCAACACAUAAAUUGGCAAUAAUGAUGCAAUACUGUGUUCCCUGACUGUCAGGUUGUGCCAUUUGGUAAACGCUGUAUUUGGAAUAAAGCGUCCACUGACAGAUUUUGA